AUGGCUGUGCCUGACUGGCUACAAUACGCCAGUAUCGUCUUGGGCAUCCUUGCCUAUACAUCCCUCUCGGCUGGUGCAGCACUUCACGCAUUGCUUGUUCCCAGAGCCGCAGCUCUCAGGAAAGAUCACCACGUCCCUCAACUCCUUCAAACACAAUCUCGAAUGAGACAAAGGAAGGAAACGGAAGACGAAGCCAGAAUCAUGGAGCUUGAGCAGUGUCGUCCGAAGAUUUGA